AUGGAUGCCCAGGCAGCUACCGAGCCCAGAACUCAUAGCGACUACACUGUGGGAUGGGUCUGCGCUCUGCCCAAAGAACAAACCGCGGCGACAGCUAUGCUAGAUCACAGGCAUGGCGAUCUUCCGAAACCACCCAAUGAUCACAAUACGUAUACCCUAGGAUCCAUCGGCAAUCAUAAUAUCGUCAUAGCCUGCCUGCCUAAAGGCGAGAUCGGAACAAAUUCGGCGGCGACUGUCGCGACCUCGAUGGCCAACGCCUUUCCGUCCAUUAAGAUCGGUCUAAUGGUUGGCAUCGGCGGCGGUAUUCCACCCAAGGUUCGGCUUGGCGAUGUUGUGAUCAGCUCACCAGUGGGCCAGUAUCCUGGGGUGGUUCAGUGGGACUUGGGCAAGGCGAAAGAAGGGGGCAAGUUCGAGCGGACUGGGUCGCUAAACAACCCACCUGCCUCGCUCCGCACUGCCUUAACGAAACUGGAGACCGAACAUGAAAUGAGCGGAUCUAAGAUACCUCAGUAUCUAGAGGAUCUAAAAAACAAAUGGCCAAACCUGGCGCUGAAGUACGCCAGCUGUGAUCACCUUAAGGACCCUUUGGACGUACUGGACGAUCCAGUUCGCAGCCGCAGAGGCUGUUGGGCCCUUGCUUCCAUGGGGUCUGGGGCCGAGCAAGUGGCGGGCACCACGGUGAACACUGCGGGUGAUCGAGAUGGCGGGAAGCUGCGAAAUAUACGUGUGCAUUACGGUCUGAUCGCAUCUGGUAACCAGGUCAUUAAAGACGCUACGUUCCGAGAUAGGCUUGACGAGGAGUUUGGUGGCCAUGUUCUCUGCGUCGAAAUGGAAGCGGCGGGACUAAUGAACAACUUCCCAUGCAUUGUCAUCCGAGGCAUCUGUGAUUACGCAGAUUCGCACAAGAAUAAAGAUUGGCAGGAGCACGCGGCGGCCGUGGCUGCAGCAUUUGCGAAGGAGCUUUUGCAAUAUGUGCAGCCAAGUGCGGUUGUCGGAGAGCGUCCGGUGAAGGAUAUAUUGGAGCAGACGCUAAAGCAGGUUCACAAAGAGACAUCCGCAACUCGAGAAGACGUCACCCAGAUCAAGUCCAAAUUGGGGAAAGAGGAAGAUAAAGAAGUCCUCGACUGGCUCACGAAAAUCGACUACGGUCCGCAGCAAAGUGACUACCUUAAGAGACGGCAACCAGGAACCGGGCAAUGGCUCCUUGACUCAGAAAAGUUCAAGGGUUGGCUGUCCGCCAGCAAUCAGACACUCUUCUGUCCAGGUAUCCCCGGGGCGGGAAAGACGAUCUUAACGUCAGUCGUGGUUGACCACCUCGGUUCCAAGUUUCACAACGACCCGAAGAUCGGUAUCGCAUACAUUUACUUUAAUUUCCAGCGGCAAGACAAGCAGACGAUUGAUGACUUGCUGGCGAGUGUGCUGAAACAGAUAGCCGAGAGCCAACCCUCUGUUCCAGGAAGCGUCAAAGAUCUCUUUGACAAGCAUAAGACCAAGCGGACGCGGCCAUUACUUGACGAAACCUUGAGAGUUCUCCAGUCCGUGGCGGCGACGUGUUCGAGAGUCUUUAUCGUUGUUGAUGCACUUGACGAAUGCCAAACAUCCGAGAGCUGCCGGAAGAGGUUUCUCUCCGAGCUUUUCAACCUGCAGAAAAUGCAUGGAAUAAAUAUCUUUGCGACAUCAAGGUCUAUCACGGAGAUUGUUGAUCGCUUCAAAACCAGCAUAUCACUGGAGAUCCGUGCAAGUACCGCCGAUGUGGCACAAUAUCUGGAAGGUCAUAUAUCGCAGUUACCAUCUUUCGUCCAGCAGAACCGGCGGCUGCGAGAAGAGAUUACGGCGGGGAUCUCAGAAGCCGUCGAUGGAAUGUUUCUCUUGGCACAAAUCUAUCUUAAUUUGCUUUAUGACAAGAUGACACCGAAUGAUAUACGAAGCACAUUGGAAGUCUUCCGGAACCGAGGGCAAGGCCGAGACGAGAUCCAGAAGGUCGGGGCGCUGACCAGUGCGUACAACCAAGCAAUGAUGAGAAUUGAUGGGCAGAUGCCGGGUUGCAAGAAGCUUGCGAUGGAGGUUCUGACAUGGAUCACGUGCGCGAAGAGACAGCUUACCACGUUAGAACUCCAGCACGCCCUCGCAACCAAGCCGGGAAAGUCCGAGCUUGACGACGGAGACUUGCCAUGCAUCGGAGACAUGGUCUCUGUAUGUGCUGGACUGGUAACGGUCGAUGAAAACAGUGGCAUUAUCCGGCUGGUUCAUUACACAACGCAAGAAUAUCUUGAGGGGACACGGCCGCGAUGGAAUCCGAACGCAGAAUUGGCGAUCACGACAACCUGCGUUACCUAUCUCUCAUUCACCGUCUUUGAGACCGGGUUCUGCACAACGAAGCGUAAGUUUGAGGAGCGGUUGCAGUCAAACCCGCUGUACGAUUACGCUGCGCGCAACUGGGGGCAUCAUGCACGCAAGGCUGCAACAUCGAGUCAAGUGGUUAUUGACUUUCUUGAGAGUAAAGCUAAGGUCGAAGCAUCAAGUCAGGCGUUGAUGGCCACCAACUGGAACCGAUCAUACCGAAGAUACGGUCCAAAAGUUCCAAGGAAUAUGACGGGACUACAUUUAUCAGGAUACUUCGGAGUCAUCGAGGCCGCAGAUGAACUCCUCAGGAGUAGACCCGGUCCAGAUCUGAAAGAUACCUACAGAAGAACGCCGCUGUGGUAUGCUGCCCAAAACGGGCACGAGGCCGUUGUUAAGAAGCUGCUCGCAGCGGGAGCCGACGUUAAUACUAGUACUGCUACCUCUAGUGGCCGGACGGCGCUCCAAGCAGCAGCUGGUAGAGGCUAUCUCGAGGUGGUCGAGAAGCUGCUUAUAGCGGGAGCCGACGUUAAUACUACUGUUACUUUUCGUGGCCGGACGGCGCUCCAAGCAGCAGCUGAAGGAGGCUAUCUCGAGGUGGUCGAGAAGCUACUCGCAGCGGGAGCCGACGUUAAUGCUGCUGCUGCUAUUUGUGAUGGCCGGACGGCGCUCCAAGCAGCUGCUGGAGGAGGCUAUCUCGAGGUGGUCGAGAAGCUGCUUAUAGCGGGAGCCGAUAUUAAUGCAAUCACUACGGGUUCUCUUAAUAGCCAGACGGCGCUCCAAGCAGCAGCUGGAGGGGGCUAUCUUAAGGUAGUCGAGAAGCUACUUGUAGCGGGAGCUAACGUUAAUGCUAUUACUAUUACUUUUAAUGGCCGGACGGCGCUCCAAGCAGCAGCUGGAGGAGGCUAUCUUAAGGUAGUCGAGAAGCUGCUCGCAGCGGGAGCCGACGUUAAUGCUGCUGCUGCUUCUUAUGAUGGCCAGACAGCGCUCCAAGCAGCAGCUAAAGGAGGCUAUCUCGAGGUAGUCGAGAAGCUACUCGUAGCGGGAGCCGACGUUAAUGCUGCUGCUGCUACUUCUGAUGGCCGGACAGCGCUCCAAGCAGCUGCUGGAGGAGGCUAUCUCGAGGUGGUCGAGAAGCUGCUUAUAGCGGGAGCCGAUAUUAAUGCUGCUGCUUCUGGUGGCCGGACGGCGCUCCAAGCAGCUGCUGGAGGAGGCUAUCUCGAGGUGGUCGAGAAGCUGCUUAUAGCGGGAGCCGAUAUUAAUGCAAUCACUACGGGUUCUCUUAAUAGCCAGACGGCGCUCCAAGCAGCAGCUGGAGGGGGCUAUCUUAAGGUAGUCGAGAAGCUACUUGUAGCGGGAGCUAACGUUAAUGCUAUUACUAUUACUUUUAAUGGCCGGACGGCGCUCAAGCAGCAGCUGGAGGAGGCUAUCUUAAGGUAG